AUGAUUACCCGCUUCAUCACCGAGGUGACCACCAAAAUUAAUCCCUUCUCGGUCAAGUCCAGAUCCGCGCGCCUCUUCCUCACGGUCCUGCCCCCGUCGGCGAGGAGCCAGGGCAUGACGAUCAACACGAAGCUGCUGCCCAAGACCGCAGCGGAGAAGACCUCUCUGCAGGUGAAGUUCAAGGACGGCAAGCUACUAGACCUCGACUGCGAGAGCAUGGGAAUCAAGGGCCUCAUCGAAGAGUGCGACCGUCACUCGCGUUUGCUGCAGAAGCAGGCUGCCUUGGCGGAUGCAUAA